UUAUCUGCACUGCGCAUGCGCAGUGCGUCUCCUAGUCUGGCUGUGUUGAGGAAGUUUGGAGCAACUUUGUACCUGGACACUGUGGAUUUAUUAAUAACCCCUUUACAGGCUGACGACCAUCAAUAAUGAUAUCAACAGCUGACCUGGAGCAGCUGGCAGAAAUAGAAAUCCAGAGGGAAGAGGAAGAACAGCAAUGUUUGGAUGGUCCACAGAUACAUCCUACCAGCAACUACUGCUCCGAUACAUCCCACCCUUUUUAUGAUGUGGCACGACAUGGGAUCAUCCAGGUCACCGGGGAUGACAAUUACGGCAGGAAGCUGAUCAUCUUCAGUAGUUGCAAUCUUCCUCCGUCCCACCAGUUAAACCACCACCGCUUGCUGGACAGACUUAAGAAGAGGCAGACAACAUGGGGGCACAGGUACAUGAAGUAUACAUUGGAUCAGUAUGUUGAGAUGGACUACAUUGUGGUGUACUUCCAUUACGGUCUGAAGAGCCACAACAAGCCCUCCCUACGGUGGUUGCGAGAAGCCUACAACGAAUUUGACAGAAAAUACAAGAAGAACCUGAAAGCUCUCUAUGUUGUCCAUCCGACGAACUUCAUUAGAAUUGUUUGGAACAUAUUCAAACCUCUUAUAAGUCACAAGUUUGGCAAGAAGUUGACGUAUGUGAAUUACCUGGCUGAGCUCAGAGAACACCUGAAUUACGACCAGCUCAUCAUCCCUCCUGAUGUACUCAGACAUGAUGAAAGGCUACGAGCAGCACAGAAAGGUGGCCCCUCUCCAUCAGUGAAAACCCCUCCACCUCGACCCCCGCUGCCCACACAGCAGUUCGGUGUCAGUCUGCAGUACAUCCGAGAGAAGAACAAGGAAGCAGUAAUACCACCUGUGAUUUCUCAGACCGUGACCUAUCUGAAAGAAAGAGGGCUCAGGACAGAGGGUAUCUUCAGGAGGUCAGCUCGUGUUCAGCUCAUCAAGGACAUUCAGAAACUCUAUAACCUGGGGAAGCCGGUGAGCUUUGAGCAGUAUGGUGACGUCCAUGUUCCUGCCGUCAUCCUCAAGACCUUCCUCAGAGAGCUGCCUGAACCACUGCUGACCUUCCCUGUAUAUGACCAGGUCCAGGGCAUUGUCAGGGUGGAGAGCAGUCUUCGUGUGACAAGAUGCAAGGAGAUUGUUGAAAGUCUUCCAGAACAUAAUUUCAUCGUGCUGAAGUACUUGCUGUCUUUCCUCCACAUGGUAUCUCUGGAGAGCAUCAUCAACAAGAUGAGUCCGUCCAACCUGGCCUGUGUCUUUGGCGUGAACCUACUUUGGCCUGCUCAGGGCUCGGUGUCUCUGCAUGCUCUCACCCCCAUCAACAUCUUCACUGAGAUCCUCAUUGAGCAUUACGACAAUGUGUUCAGUUCCCGCUGUCCACCUGGCCAGGUAAUGCCCUGAACCAGCACCGGGACAUCACAUCAGCAACAUUACUACAGCAAUGACAUUUAAACAGUGAAUCACAUUGGUUCACAGUGGCUUAUCUAUUUGAAAUGUAGUUUUUUGUGUUUUAUGUCCUGGGGAACGAUAAGGUUGCUUAGAUUACCAAGAUUACUUACUCACUCUCAAAACUUUACGCCCCACCGUAAGAGGUGGAAUCAAGUAAAGCCAUCAGGGCUCCAGUGAAACUCCAUAGGCUAAACACCUUUGGAGUCAAUAAAAAUUAAUGUUGAUUUUUCAUAGCUCAUAAUUGUGAAUCACAUAUUGUUUUUGAGUAUGACAAUGGUAAAACUCUCCCAAUCUAAAAACUUGCGAAAAUGGUAUGCAUCGUCAAGAUAACACUGGUGAUAGCCUUUCAGUGGGAGUUCAAUUAACCUCAGAAAGGAGAGAGUCUAGGGCACUUUCUGCCGUCCAGAUUAAUAAGAAAUCUGACAGAAAAAGCCUGAGGGGCAGGCAUCGUUUUUUCAGUGGCUGAGUUAUUUCUUUCUCCUUGGAAAAUAAAAAAAAUCUCAUCUGUAAACAGUUGCUCCACACUAGUGCAGAUCCUUGGGGUUUCUUUAACAUAAAUCACUACCACUUUAUCAUGGGAUCUUUUGAUAAUAUAAAAGAUUGCUGAAACACCACAUAUCCUCCUAAACCUUGUCCAACCUUUUGUUUGCAAAGCUAGUAUUUUCUUGUUAGUGUGUUUUUAGUUGUCCUGUCUUACAUAUUUUGUAUAUGUGUGUUUUUAAAGUGCAUAUGGGUGUUUAGUUGUAUGUCAGUAUUGUCAGCUUCAGUAUAGUCUAAUGCUAUAAUGUUGGUUGGACUUCACGCUGUAGCUAACCAUAUUUGGUGCAUUUCACAUGAAAAUAGACACUCUUAUCCAAAUGUUUGUUCUUGACUUUUGUUUAUUAAUGAUUCAAUUUUUCAUAAGAACUUGGUACAAAAAAGUGAGACUACUCUUAACCAUUUACCAACUUCCAUCAAUCAACUUUUAAUGCAUCAUAAAGAAGAAAAACUACAUUGGCAUAUUUAAGACAAACACUUUCCUAUACACACUAUCCACUGGACAGUCCCCUUAUUAAUGACAAAGAAAAAACUCUACUUCAACAGCCAACAGACAUUUUCUUUUCCAUCUAAACACGGCUUGUGUUGUCUUCUCAUUCCCUCUCCACGUCCUCAUGGCAAAAGAAUACAUUGAACAUUGCAAGCUAAGUAAGAAUGCAGAACUGGCAAACAAUAGAAAAUUCCAAUGUUUUUUUUUGCUCCUUGAUAAAAGAAUAUAAAAAUGUUUUAACUACCUUUUUUCUUCAUUUGUUCAAAUGUUGUGUCGUUGUGUAUUAAAAUAGAUCUGUUUAAGUAA